UGUUUCCAGAAGAGGGGGCAAGCACAUAACUGCUAGGUUUCUGGAGCAAUAGGGGAACUAAAAGCGAGGGGAUGCGUUUCCUUUUUGUAUAGGGGAUCGCUUACGUCUUUGCACAAUGCGGAAAUGUAGUGAUUUGCGGGGUAGCUGCCGAAAAAGGGAACUUGACUUGUUAAGCUUUAAACAGAAGCAUGAAGAAGUUAAAGCUUAAAGAACUCGAAUCCUGUCUUCAACAAGUUGAUGAUUUUGAGAACCCCAAACUACUACUUGAACAAUAUCCAACAAGGCCACAUAUUGCAGCAUGUAUGCUGUAUACAAUUCACAAUACUUUCGAUGAUAUUGAAAACAAGAUUGUUGCAGAUCUUGGGUGUGGUUGUGGUGUGUUGAGCAUUGGAACUGCCAUGUUGGGAGCAGGGUUAUGUAUUGGAUUUGAUCUAGAUGAAGAUGCCUUGGAAGUAUUUAGCAGGAAUACUGAAGGGUUUGAGCUCACAAAUAUUGACAUGGUUCAGUGCAAUGUAUGUUCUUUAUCUGACAAGAUGGCAAAAACAUUUGAUACAGUCAUUAUGAAUCCUCCCUUUGGAACCAAGCACAAUAAAGGAAUAGAUAUGGUCUUUCUCAAGACAGCACUGCAGAUGGCAAGAACAGCUGUAUAUUCCUUACACAAAACCUCAACGCGCCAACAUAUUCAAAAGAAAGCAGAUGAGUGGAAAGUGAAGAUGGAAGUCAUAGCAGAACUGAGAUAUGAUCUACCAGCAUCAUUUAAAUUCCACAAGAAGAAAUCAGUGGACAUUGAAGUAGAUCUUAUUAGAUUCUCUUGUGAAAAAACAUGAAUGGAGGAAUGAUUUAAAACUUCUUUAAUAAACUCAAAAUGCUUUUUGAAGUUCUAUUCCUAA